CUAUUGGGAUCCCUCAGCACUGGGAUCCCUCGUCACUGGGAUCCCCUGGCACUGGGACCCUGCAGCAAUGGGAUCCCCUGGUAUUGGGAUCCCUUGGCACUGGGAUUCCCUGGGGAUUGGCACCCCCCAACACUGGGAUCUCUUGGCACUGGGAUCCCCCAACACUGGGAUCCCUCAGCAUUGGGAUCCUCCCAGCACUGGGAUCUCCUGGCGCUCAGAUUUCUUGGCACUGGGAUCUCUCGGCACCAGGAUCCCUCAACACUGGGAUCCCCCCAGCACUGGGAUCUCUGGCACUGGGAUCCUGCAGCAAUGGGAUCUCCUGGUACUGGGAUCCUUUGGCACUGGGAUCCCCAGCCCUGGGAUCCCCUGGGGACCGGGGCCGCUCAGCACCGGGCUCCCCUGGCACCGGCCCCGCUGGCAGCGAGCUCCCUCCGGCGCUGAGGCCCCUGCCCCGGGAGGGCCAUAUCCCGACAGGCGCUAUCGCGACACGCCAACAUGGCGGCCGCCGCCGCCCCUGCCGGCGGGGAGCGGAAGGGGAGGGGCGGGGCCCGCGCCAGCGGUGACGUCGCGGUGCGUGGCGGCGGCGCCGCGAGGAGCGGGAGCGGGUGAGGGGGGGCAAGAUGGCGGCGGGGCCGAUUUCGGAGCGGAACCAGGACGCCACGGUGUACGUGGGGGGGCUGGACGAGAAGGUGAGCGAGCCGCUGCUCUGGGAGCUCUUCCUCCAGGCAGGACCCGUGGUCAACACCCACAUGCCCAAAGACCGGGUGACGGGCCAGCACCAAGGCUAUGGCUUCGUGGAAUUCCUGAGCGAGGAGGACGCGGAUUACGCCAUUAAGAUCAUGAACAUGAUCAAGCUGUACGGGAAGCCCAUCCGGGUGAACAAAGCCUCAGCCCACAACAAAAACCUGGACGUGGGGGCCAACAUCUUCAUCGGCAACCUGGACCCUGAGAUCGAUGAGAAGCUGCUCUACGACACCUUCAGCGCCUUCGGGGUCAUCCUGCAGACACCCAAGAUCAUGCGAGACCCCGACACGGGCAACUCCAAGGGUUAUGCCUUCAUCAACUUCGCCAGCUUCGAUGCCUCCGAUGCCGCCAUCGAGGCCAUGAAUGGACAGUACCUCUGCAACAGGCCCAUCACCGUGUCCUACGCCUUCAAGAAGGAUUCCAAGGGCGAGCGGCACGGCUCGGCCGCCGAGCGCCUGCUGGCAGCGCAGAACCCGCUCUCGCAGGCAGACCGGCCCCAUCAGCUCUUUGCUGAUGCUCCUCCUCCUCCCUCCGUCCCCACCCCUGUUGUCACCACCCUGGGGCCCGGUGUCACCCCUCCAGGUCUCCCGCCCCCUGGAUCAUUCCCGCCUCCGGUGCCUCCCCCCGGAGCGAUGCCUCCCGGGAUGCCUCCUGCCAUGCCACCUCCUCCCAUGCCACCCGGCGCCGGUGCCCCCGGGCCCCCGUCCGGGGCUGCACCCACCGCGGGGCACCCACCUCACCCGCACCCCUUCCCUCCGGGCGGGAUGCACCAUCCAGGAAUCCCUCCCAUGCAAGUGCACCACGGGCCGCCAGGGAUGGGCCAGCAUCACCCAGGACCCCCGGGCUCCGGCGGGCAGCCCCCCCCGCGGCCCCCGCCUGGCAUGCCGCACCCUGGCCCCCCACCCAUGGGGAUGCCACCCCGAGGACCUCAUUUUGGGUCGCCCAUGGGUCACCCAGGCCCCAUGCCCCACCACGGCAUGCGUGGGCCCCCGCCCCUGAUGCCUCCGCACGGCUACAACGGGCCCCCUCGCCCACCCCCAUACGGCUACCAGAGGGUCCCCCUGCCCCCCCGGCCUGCACAGAGGCCCCCUGGGGUGCCCCCACGGGGACCCUUGAGGGGGCCCCUGCCCUGAACGCGGCUGUGACGAGGCCCCCUCCCUGCUGGGGACCCUCCUCAGUGUGUCCCCAAGCUUUCAUUUCCCCCCAGGCUAACAUUCCCUCCCCCAGCAGGGGCAGGGGGGUCCCCCCCGCUCCCACCUCCUGCCUUUCCCUUUCACUCUCCACAUCUUGUUCCCCGUGGGUUUUUAUAGUGAUCGUUUUCCUUCCUUUCUCACUUCUCCCAUCCAUGAAGAUUCUUCACGGUGCUUCGAAGAGGGUUUUGGGGUUUUUCUAUGUAAAGCAGCGAGCCCCCCUGUUGCCAAUAAAGCAUUCUCUGAAGCAGGGGUUCUCCUGAGA